AUGAUCUGUUAUGCUGCCCCUGUUUGGGCAGGCUGUUUAAGCCGUGUGCACAUCGAUCGAAAACUCCGUGGUGCACAGCGCAAAGCCCUCCUGCGCAUCUGCCGUGCCUAUUCCACCUCUUCCACGGCUGCCUUACAGAUCAUCUCUGGCAAACUUCCUAUAGACCUUGCCAUUCUACUGGCAUCCAAACGUUGGCACCUCCGUAAAGGUCAUAGCAUUUCACUAUCCAGCCAGUCUUUCUCGGUAUACGAGACCUUUUGCCACCCGAAGGAUCUACUUCCUCCUUUUAUGAGACCCCACAUACAUACGCACCCACUGGACAACGACCACUUUUCAAUAUUCACUGAUGGGUCUAAAACUGCAGACAAAGUCGGUAGUGCCUUUGUGGCCUAUCGCAAAGGAGUUGAAUUCUACAAUGCAUCCGGUCACCUUGCUGCAAACUGCUCUGUUUACCAGGCAGAACUUACAGCCAUCCUAUUAGCCAUCGACUGGUGCAAUGAAAACUACAGUGAUAACCGGAUAAACAUAUUUACAGAUUGUCAAUCUACGAUAGAGGCCAUCAACAAUCAUCUACCACGGAACCCGAUCGUGGUCAAGAUACAAACUAGUAUUGCACUCUCCACCAAUGUCUUUGCCAUCGCUUGGAUUAGAGGUCACACUGGACUGCAAGGUAAUGAAAGAGCAGACUAUCUGGCAAGGGAGGCUGCCAGCCUAAACAGUGGCAGCAGUCUCUAUUCCUACAUUCCUGUCACCUACAUCAAGUAUCUCCUCAAAAAUGAAGCUAUGAACACCUGGCAAACAAGAUGGAACAACACUGAAACGGGAAGGAUAACCAAAAGUUUCAUCCCAAGUGUUUCUCACAAUAACCGGACCAUUCUCCACCGUGAUACUAGCCUUGUCACCCAGUUCCUAACUGGCCAUGGAAAGUUUAAUAGCUACCUGGUGAGAUUCAAUAAAUCAAACUGUGACCAUUGCCAACUAUGUGGUGUGCCGGACGGGGUGGAACACUACGUCUUCCACUGUCCCAUGCUGGAGGAUGCACGUGUACCCAUUCGCAUGCUUCUUCCUACUGAUAAAUCCUGGCCUUGUCAACAUAGCGACUUGUUGAUGAAUAACGAGCUGUUCAUGGCCUUUCUGAAGCUGAUAAAGAACUACUUCUGGCGAACUCCUGUCAACUGA